AUGAAUGUAGCAGGUUUUGAUGAGACGUCUUCGGAGGAUGAAAGUGACGAUUCUCCGAAAGGAUUUGUGAUGGAUUAUCGAGUUGUUAAGACAGUGCCAGAUUCUCCACCAGAGAAGCAAAAAACAGCCGUGGACCUCACCGCAGCCAUUUCGCGCUUACUGCAUGAAUCCACCCUCGAUUGUGAACAUCCAUUCUCAGUAUAG